GCUGCGCCGGAAGUUGCGGGCGGCCCGACAACUCCUCAUGGCGGCGGCGGCUACCUGGGCGCGGCGCGGUGGUGACUGAGCUGCGAGCCUGGCGGGCGUGCGCCGAGCCCCGGCCCGGCCUCCGCGUGCCCACCCCGGGCUUUGCACCCCUGAUGCUGCUUGGGUGCUGAGCCCGCCCCGGCCGGGACGAUGGUGAAGUAUUUCCUGGGCCAGAGCGUGCUCCGGAGUUCCUGGGACCAAGUGUUCGCUGCCUUCUGGCAGCGGUACCCGAAUCCCUAUAGCAAACAUGUCUUGACGGAAGACAUAGUGCACCGGGAGGUGACCCCUGACCAGAAGCUCCUGUCCCGGCGUCUCCUGACCAAGACCAACAGGAUGCCCCGCUGGGCGGAGCGACUGUUUCCUGCCAAUGUUGCUCACUCGGUGUACAUCCUGGAGGAUUCUAUUGUGGACCCGCAGAACCAGACCAUGACCACCUUCACCUGGAACAUCAACCAUGCCCGGCUGAUGGUGGUGGAGGAACGAUGUGUUUACUGUGUGAACUCUGAUAACAGCGGCUGGACCGAAAUCCGCCGGGAAGCCUGGGUCUCCUCUAGUUUAUUUGGUGUCUCCAGAGCUGUCCAGGAAUUUGGCCUUGCCCGGUUCAAAAGCAAUGUGACCAAGACUAUGAAGGGCUUUGAAUACAUCUUGGCCAAGCUGCAAGGUGAGGCCCCUUCCAAAACCCUUGUUGAGACAGCCAAGGAAGCCAAGGAGAAGGCAAAGGAGACGGCACUGGCAGCUACAGAGAAGGCCAAGGACCUUGCCAGCAAGGCAGCCACCAAGCAGCAGCAGCAGCAGCAGCAGUUCGUGUAGCUAGCCCAGGCCCUGGUGCGGUAGGACACCUGACCACCCGGCUCAAAUCCCUCUGCCCUUUCCCCCUUGUACUUUAUUAUUAAAAGUCGACUUCCAGCUCUUGCUAUUGCCUGGGUGGUGGGUUGGGGGUGGGUGUCCCGUUUGGCAUUUACGUGCACCAGGCAUGUCUGAGCUGGGCCUCCUUACUCCCGCAUCGGGCAGCUGAGGACAGGCGCGGAGAGGUGCAGGGACAUACCCAGGGUCACAGACAGCGUGCAGAUGCAGUGGUAAUAAACACUAGACUGUAAGCUCCACGAGGGCAGGGACCUUUAUUGCAUUCUCUGAUGUGUCUGGAACAAUACCUAGCAGAUAACAGGCACUCAAUAAAUAUUUGUUGAAUUCAGUCAGCCCUAGCUCUGGAGUCAGAAAGCUUUAGUUUGAAUCUUGACUCUGUGCUUUCCUGGCUUUGGACCUCAGGCAAGCCACCUCACUCAGCCUUGUCCCGCCUGUGAAGUGGAGACAGCCUCCAACUGUGAAGAUUAAAGGGACUCUGCUGGUAUGGUCAA